AGAAUUCAAGACCUCAAUAAUGAAGGCCUUAAUCAGGAGAGAAUUCCAGACCAUACCAACGAACUUAAAGCUCAAACAAAGGAGAAACAGUGGACAGUGGAGACCUCAAGGUUCAACGAACUCAAGGAAACAGUGGACAGUGGCACUCUCCGAUUAGAGGAGAAAUAG